AUGAGCUUACAACCAAAAGUCCAAAUGAAAGCCAACCAAGCUUCGGAAGACAAAAAGGAGGAGGUGGAGGAACUCCUUUGUAAUAUCAGAGAAGGUCUUGUGACCCUUGUUCAGAAUCUAAGUAAUUUUAAAGACAUCUAUGGUAAAGGCCUUGACGAUAUUAUAAGUAACGAAAGGAUCUUUGAGACACUUAUUUGUACAGGAGAAACUCUGGGUAAGGUUUCACCUUUCUUGGCUAGUUUAGAAAAGAAUAUUAAGUCUUUUGAACAAAAAGCAUCCUUACCAAAAGGGGCAAUAUACGAAGAGAUGUACCUAUCCCUUGCCAAAAGGGGCAAUAUACGAAUAGGUGUACCUAUAUUCCCAACUUAUACCUUAUAUAAUCUACUAAUGGCCAUUUCUACCUUAGAAAAAAUGAAUGAGGUGUUGGGGGAUAUCGUCAAACCUGAAAAGGAUAGAGGAGUUAAGAGGCCUAUUGCAGAUCUUUAUCUUGUAUUUGUUUUUGUCUUAUGCAUACAGACUCUUCUCUACUACAUUACCCAGAAACACCCUAAGGUAUGGAAGGUGUGCAAUACAACAUUAUACUCACUAACUGUGGGUGGAAGCAUCUUGUAUCUUGUAUGGGUUGUGAUCAAGAGUUACCGGAGUGAGGGUAGGAUGAAAGAGAUCCUAAGACAAAGAUUGAGCGGAGUGAUAAGCAUGAUACCUAUGGUGGUUGGGAUUCAUCACACAGAGAUGAUUGAGUGUGGGACUUACACCCUAACUAUGAUGGGUAUCAGUGCUAUUAUGGUGUAUGCACAGGAUCUUGUAGAGAACAAGAUGACAUGGAGACAGAUAUGCGUAGUUGGUGUUAGGAACGCGAUAUUAGCUAUAGCAUAUUGCUGUGAGAUUUUAAGAAUGUUUAUGAGGAAUGAGUAUAGGUUGAGGUGCUGUGUAUGUGGAGGGGUUGUUAUAUUCGUUUUACUUGUUGGAAUUUUGUGUUAUAGUUCGAGUAUGAAAGAGGGGAGUAAGACCAGGCUUCCCGGGAAUGUGAUGUUUGUUCUGACGGUAGUUAUUGGGACGUUUGUGUCAUGGAGGUCCAGGAAUGAAUACUACCAUCUAAGGAGUAGGGACGGCUAUAUAGAAGGAAUGGAAGAGGCUAGAUAUGAUUCUAUUAAAGGACGAGUGAGUUGUGAUUAUUAG